AUGGAGCGUGGUGUUGGUGGACGUAUCGAGGAUGCCUUUGCGGCCGCGAAGGAACAGGGCGAAGCGGCCUUUGUGACGUUUGUCACCGCCGGUUAUCCGACUGCUGCUGAUACGCCAGCGAUUCUCAUGGCCAUGCAGGAAGGUGGGGCGGCGUUGAUUGAACUUGGAAUUCCGUACACAGAUCCGCAGGCCGACGGAGCUACGAUCCAGCACACCAAUCAAGUAGCAAUCAAGGGAGGGACGUCGGAGAUUCACCAGUGUCUCGACAUGGUAAAGAAAUCUCGCGAAAUGGGAUUAACUGUGCCCGUGGUUCUCAUGGGAUACUACAACCCCUUCCUUCAGUACGAUGUAGACAAGCUUUGCGAAGAAACCAAGGCUGCCGGAGCCGAUGGUUUCAUCGUUGUCGAUCUUCCUCCCGAAGAGGGUAUUGCCUUGAAUAAGGCUUGCAUUGCCAAUGGGCUUUCCAAUAUUCCCUUGGUAGCACCUACUUCGAGUGACAAGCGUAUUGCUUCCUUGACAGACAUGGCUUCUACCUUUCUAUACUGCGUAUCAGUUACAGGAGUAACUGGCGCGCGUGAAUCCCUUCCUCCGGAUCUGGAGGAGUUCAUUACACGCGUACGUUCCAAGACGGAACUACCUUUAGCGGUCGGUUUCGGUAUUUCAAAUCCUGAAAUGGUAAAUGGUGUUGCCAACAUGGCCGAUGGUGUUGUGGUGGGUAGUGCGAUUUUGAAGGCUAUGGAUUCGCUUGGAGACACUGCUACCACCGAACAGCGUGCCGAUGCAAUUCGUGAGUCAACUAAACUUGGUCAAAUCCCAGCGGAAUGGACUCUGGGCGAGAACAACAGCCGAUUCGGGAAGUUUGGCGGGCAGUACAUUCCAGAAACCCUUUCGGUCGCCUUCGAAGAAAUUGAAGCGUCCUACAAUGAGCUGAAGGACGACCCAUCCUUCCUUGCUGAACUCGACGAAUACCGACGGGACUUUGUUGGUGGUCCGACGCCUUUACACAGAGCGGACCGCCUGACGGAACUUGCCGGAGGCGCGACGAUCUGGUUAAAGCGCGAAGACUUGGCACAUACGGGAGCUCACAAGAUCAACAAUGCAAUUGGGCAAGCCUUGCUUGCCAAGCGAAUUGGAAAACCGCGUAUCAUUGCCGAAACGGGUGCUGGACAACAUGGAGUCGCCACUGCAACAAUUUGCGCCAAGCUCGGCCUCGAUUGCACUGUCUACAUGGGAGCGGUUGAUUGUGAGCGUCAAAAGCUUAACGUUUUCCGCAUGAACACUCUCGGUGCCAAGGUGGUACCUGUACAAGAUGGGCAACGGACUUUAAAGGAUGCCAUCAACGAAGCGAUGCGCGAUUGGGUCACCAACGUUCGCGAUACGCAUUACUUGAUUGGUUCCGCUGUCGGGCCUCAUCCAUUCCCAACGAUUGUACGUGACUUUCAAAGCGUAAUGGGUCGCGAGAUGCGUGCCCAGAUGCUUGAAAGGGCCGGAAAGCUUCCAGACGCUGUUGUGGCGUGUGUCGGGGGUGGAUCGAAUGCCAUAGGAGCUUUCCAUCCUUUCGUUAAUGACGAGACUGUUGAGCUUCACGGAGUGGAAGCGGCAGGCUACGGGAUCGACAAAGACGAAGAACAUUGCGCGACUCUCACCAAGGGAACACCCGGGGUACUCCAGGGAGCCAUGACAUACGUUAUUCAGCAAAAGUCCGGUCAAACGCUCAACACACACUCAAUCUCUGCGGGUCUUGACUAUCCAGGUGUUGGUCCGGAGCACGCUUUCUUGAAAGAUAGUGGACGAGCUGUAUACGAGGCAGUCACAGAUGAUGAAGCACUGGAGGGCUUUAAAUUGAUGUGUGAAUAUGAAGGUAUCAUCCCGGCCCUUGAAACGAGCCAUGCUAUCUACUAUGCGGUCAAGCUCGCGAAAAAGCUCGGCCCUGGCAAGGACAUUGUAAUCAACAUGAGUGGUCGGGGAGACAAGGACAUGCCGCAGAUCGCGAAGAUUAUGGGCGUCGAAGUUUAA